GAGCAGUUCUGGGACUCUCCAAGGCUAAAAUGCAGCUGACUAAAACAAACUAACACAGCUAUUCUUAUGGAAGUCUGCCUUCAAGUCUGACUGAAAAAAAAUAAAAAGUGGAUAAUAGGGAAAGAGAAAAAGUAAUAAAAAGGGAAAUCAUCUUAUGGAGAAAGAUGAUCCAGCCUUAGACGCUGAAGUAAUCAGAAGCAGCAAAGAGGGGGAUGGUCAGUGAUAAAUCACUCAAACAAGUCACGUCUUUUUUUUUUUUUUUUUUUUUUUUUUUGAGGGCAAAGUGGGACGAGGAGCCGCCAUGCAAAGGCUGAGCUGGGAACUCGUAUGAUAUUUGCUGAAGAUGGCGUAUAUACAGGACAGUUGGAACCAAUAAAUGAGGGUCUGUUGUCAAAAAUCUCAGAUUUUGUACUGUGCAGGUGGAGUUGUAGGAACUGCUGUCAGAAGUGUUAUGAGUUCUCCUGCUGCCAAACAAGUGAUGAUGAAGUAGAAAUCCUAGGACCAUUCCCUGCACAGACACCGCCAUGGCUGAUAAGUAAUCGUAGUGAGGACAAGGAAGGAGAUUCCGAUAAUGCGGUGAGUGAGCCACCUCCAACCCCCCAGGAUGAAUCUCCAGACAGAAGACGAUCUUCAUCUGAUACGUCAAGGUCCACCUACAGCCUUACUAGAAGGAUUUCAAGUUUGGAAACCAGAAGGCCAAGUUCACCACUUAUUGACAUCAAGCCUAUUGAAUUCUGGACAGUAGGAUCUAAAAAGGAAAUAGUACAACCAAAUGUACUGAGGAAAACAUACACUCCAGAUGACUAUUUCCGAAAAUUUGAACCAAGGCUUUAUUCUGUUGAUUCUAACAAUGAUGAUGUGGAUUCAUUAACUGAUGAAGAACUUUUAUCUAAAUAUCAGCUGGGCAUGCUGCACUUUAGCACUCAGUAUGACCUAAUUCACAACCAUCUCACAGUAAGAGUGAUUGAAGCCAAGGACCUACCACUUCCAGUGUCACAUGACUGCUCUAGACAAGAUAUGGCCCAUUCCAAUCCAUAUGUUAAGAUCUGCCUACUGCCUGACCAGAAGAACUCAAAGCAAACUGGUGUAAAGCGUAAAACUCAGAACCCAGUAUUUGAGGAGAGAUAUACAUUUGAUAUCCCAUUUUUAGAAGCUCAGAGAAGGACUCUGCUUUUAACUGUAGUUGAUUUUGAUAAGUUUUCCCGUCAUUGUGUCAUUGGAAAAGUGGCAAUGCCUCUCUCUGAUGUUGAUCUAGUAAAGGGUGGACACUGGUGGAAAGCACUAAUUACAAGUUCUCAGAGUGAAGUUGAGCUGGGAGAAUUGUUACUGUCGCUUAAUUACUUGCCGAGUGCUGGAAGGCUAAAUGUGGAUAUUAUUAGAGCCAAACAGCUUUUACAGACUGACAUGAGCCAAGGAUCAGAUCCUUUUGUAAAGAUUCAGAUGGUUCAUGGAUUAAAACUAAUGAAAACGAAGAAGACUUCCUGCAUGCGAGGCACAAUUGAUCCGUUCUACAAUGAGUCCUUUAGUUUCAAGGUCUCUCAAGAAGAACUAGAAAGUAUUAGCUUAGUAUUCACAGUUUAUGGACACAACAUGAAAAGCAGCAAUGACUUCAUUGGCAGAAUUGUGAUUGGUCAGUUUUCUACUGGAGCUUCUGAGUCCAACCAUUGGCGACGAAUGCUUAAUUCUCAUCGGACAGCAGUAGAACAGUGGCAUAGCCUGCGCUCUCGGGCCGAGUGUGAUCGUGUCUCUCCAGCAUCUCUAGAAGUAACGUGAUAAAGCAGAAGUCUCAUAAUGGAGUCUUAAUUAUUACACUUACAGAUUACAUGAAGAAGGCCGCACUAGCCUACAAUAUGUGCCUCAGUGAAAUUUCUCACCGUAAUGCAAACUACAUAUUACAUGACCUUGUGACGACUGUAUUAGUACACCAGUCUUAAGUGCCACUGGUUGGUAGGACAUCCUUACUGUUAGCUGUUACAUCUGUGCAAAAAGUAUUUAUGUCCGAGUGCACUAAAGUGGCACUGUAUUCUUAAAAGUGUGAGUAUUGUAUCUGUGCAGUUUUUCUUUUCUUUUUUUUUUUUUAUGCUAUAUGUGAUAAAUUAUCUAGAACAUGGAAUUAAUGGUUUGACAAAGGGUGCAGUGAUCCAUAACUGAAAUGUUAUGUCCUUGCACCACUGCAGCAAAGGAUCCUUUCUAGUUUUGCAUACAGUAGACCUCAAGUGUAUUGACAGCAAAGAAAUGAACCAGUCCAGUACCACAUGGGAAAAAUAAGAAACAUUGUUCACCUAGGUUGUUGAUAGUCGUGAGAAAGCAAGCUGUGUCUGGCGUAAUAAAUUCUAUGUGAAGCAGUUUUGGAAACCCGAAGACCUUGGUUAAGAUCCAUUUUACAAUUAUAUGAACAGAACAGUAUAUUUGUUUGCUGACUAACUGUUGUGUCUUUUGUGUUUAGUUGUAUGUGUCUUACAAAGAUAGUUAAGAUAACAAAUAAAUAUAUAUAAUAUA